CUAAUGGUUAAAUUAUUGGAACAAGAAACUCACAUUUAUUAGAGAUCACACUUUCCACCAGGCAGCAAACAUACUGCUGAUCAUUGAAACUACCGAUAGAUUAGAAAAAAGAUUAGUUGCUAAGCUCCAAUUCAUAGUAGAAGCAAAAGCCAUAACUAAUGCACAUUGUUUGUGUCCCAUCAUUUUAGAGAAGUAGUUGAGCAGACCACCAGUCUCACCUAUAUCAUAAUUGCUUCUAUGAUCCACUCUCUCUCUAGCUUCUAUAAAUCCCAGAAGACUGCUAUUUUUUCUCUCUCUAUAUAGCCCUUUUUUGUUGUUUACUGUUGUUAAUUUGCAUUCAUGGCGGGAUUUUUUUCACUCCUCAGGCGCCUAUACCUUACUAUCUAUAACUGGGCUGUUUUCAUUGGCUGGUCUCAGGUUCUGUUUCUUGCUGUCAAAACUUUGAAGGAAUCAGGUUAUCAACAUGUUUAUAAUGCUGUUGAGAGGCCUCUCUUUCUUGCUCAAACCGCUGCAGUUUUGGAGAUUUUUCAUGGUCUGGUUGGAUUGGUGAGGUCUCCAAUAACAGCAACACUACCACAGAUUGGUUCGAGACUGUAUGUAACAUGGGGCAUCUUGUAUAGCUUCCCUGAGAUCCGGACUCACUUCCUUGUUAGCUCUUUGGUUAUCAGCUGGUCAAUCACUGAGAUAAUUCGGUAUUCUUUCUUUGGCACGAAGGAGGCACUUGGUUAUGCACCUGCAUGGCUCAUGUGGCUCAGAUAUAGCACCUUUUUGUUGUUGUAUCCCACCGGUAUCAGCAGUGAAGUUGGUCUAAUCUACUUUGCCUUGCCAUACAUCAAGAAAUCUGAGAAAUAUUGCAUAAGGAUGCCCAACACGUGGAACUUUUCUUUUGAUAAUUUCUAUGCUGCUAUUCUUGUACUUGGGAUCUAUGUACCAGGCAGCCCUCACAUGUACAGCUAUAUGCUUGGGCAGAGGAAGAAAGCUCUCUCAAAAUCAAAAAGGGAGUAGAUUGGGAGCAAAAUUUUCUGACGUUGCAACUUUGGCUUAUCAAUACUUGAUCCAUGCAGUGAGAUACUUUAUCCUGGACAGGUUAUGAGCAUAUUAACAAAGUGGAUGUUAUGUGUUCAUCAUAGGCUGUGUUAUUUAAUCUGUUGGUUUAGGGCAGGAGUCUUAAAACUACCCUCCAGUUUGUAGUUUAUAUGAUGUGACAAUGAUAAACCAAAUUGAUUAUUGAUUAAGUUAUUCUUUAAGAAA